CACAAAGAUAGGAUCGACCUCGACUGUAGCAGAGAUAGGAUGGGGAAACAAUGAUUCUUGUGUGCAACACACGCAGUCGAACACUAGAUAUGAAGAACUAACGCACGAACUAAAAGACAUCAAGGAGAAGUUGGAUAAUUUAAGCACAAUCAAAACCAGUUAUUGAGAGAAACAACGACAGGCAUCUUGUGAGCCUUCCAACGACAACUGUACAAUAUAUGUGUUAAAUCAGCUGUCUAAGCUCGAAGAAGAAACCAAGCUCAAGAAUGAUGAACUCAGUCAACUGCAACAAAAAUACGACAAAUUAAACACAACCUAUCUGAGUGUAAGUAUGGCCAAGAACGACCUGGACGAACAAGUGAAGAACCUGACUGCUACCCUCGACGCCACCCGCUACAGAACACGAACGAUGGGCGCAGCAGACUGCAGCGAGGUGCUGAGUCUUGAUUUUAAAGAAAGCAACGUCUACAUCAUCUACCCUAAAACGCCAAGUGGAGGUGUAUCAGCGUAUUGUGACCAGAAAACAGAUGGGGGCGGGUGGACCGUCUUUUUGACAAGAAAAGAGUCACACCCCCAACAAGAGAAGUUCAACAGGACGUGGCAGGAGUACAGUAAAGGUUUCGGGGACCCUGAAGGAGAAUACUGGCUAGGUAACAAAGUGUUGCAUGCUCUAACGGGCAAAACCUCUACGUAUAUGUUAAGAAUGGACGUACAAUAUGAGACGGAUGGGUCCCUGCUCUUCGCGGAGUGGGAAUACUUCACAGUGAACAACGAAGAUAAUAAAUACAGCCUUUCACUUGGUGAUUACAACCCCAACAGUACCAUCGCUACCGACCCCUUACAAUACGAGAGUGAUAUGGCCUUCUCCACAUUCGAUCAGGACAACGACCGCAAUUCCUUAAAGAGCUGUUCUAAGGCAAAUGGAGGUGGAGGAUGGUGGUGGAACAACUGCAAUAUUGCAUUCCUCACUCGACCCUUCAAUCAGAGAGACCGGACUGACACACCUGACACCUCCCUCGGCUCCUCCAAUGAUGUCUUCAACAACAGCUUUGUGUACCUGCAGCUUAAGAUUCGACCCAAGAUAUAAGCCAUCCCAGCCUCUGUUAGGGAGUAAACAUGUAGACUCCAUCAAGUUUAUCACGGUGCAGGUAUAGUAGACAGAUUGUAACCUCGCACAGUAUAAAUGUCUCCUGUUAUUACAGCAGCAAGAAAACUUCCAGCCAGAUGGCAGGUAUGGACGGGCGGCGCCACCAUUUCUAUACUUGGGGAGUUUAGGAGUUGCUAUCUGCUUGGAAGGGAAGACUAGUAGGUUUUGAAGCAUAUGUUAUUAUUACUGUUUUAUUUAGAGGCUAAUGUUUUUUUUUUUUUUUGAAAGGCUGAAGCCCCUUAGCUCCCCACCUCCCUCCCCAUAAUAAUGGUUUGCUCCUGUGUAAACCACAUAGCUCAAUGUCUGAUUAUUAUGAUAUUCAUAACUGAGGUCUAAAUGACUGAUCUUUGCACUGCAUAUUUUGGCCUUGCCAACAUUAAUUUGUGAGCCAGAUGGUCUAUAUGUAAGCCACCAUCGUGCCAUCCUGCAGUGCUGUAUGACCCUUGUGGGUUUAGUGCUUAGUUUUUAGUGUAAUAAUAAAUAAUAAUAAUCAUAUCACUUGCCUGAAAUGCCCAUACUAGUAAGAUAUGUAAUUGUCAGUAAGCAGACCCACCUCUCACCAGCAUCAACUGCCUUUCUAACUGGCAGCACAGUAUUCUCAUUGUACAUUCUUAGCUUUAAGCAUAUACGUACAUAUGAAAUAUAAUUUUGUUGUUUUA